CGUGACACUGAAACCGCAACUGCUGACCCCUUCUGGCCAAACUGAGUAACAGUCAUGUGCCACUGACAGACAGUGGCAGCUGCCCCAGACCAAAAUACCUCUGGGGGAAAGGAACCCAAACAAGGGGACAGCUCCACCAUGAUGACAUCCACACCAGACCUCGACAUCUCCAACUGCUGGUAUCCUCUCCCACUGUGGGGUGGAGGUUCAACCCCUAGAGGGGGAAAAUGUAUUUUUGGCAACAGGUAGCUGGGUGCGGGACUGGGAGCUGCUUGAGAAUGUGUAUGAGACUUUCUUGAGUAGCUCCACUCCCUGCGGCUUGUUUAGCCACUUCAGCCCUCGGCCCGUCCCACCAUCUGCAGCUUCUCUUCCUCUUGUCUCGUCCUCGUGUUUUGUUGGGCCAGAACAAUGACUGUGGGGAACAUGGACAGUGCUCAACUCUUUGAUGCUGGGAAGAAGGGCCGCGGCCUGAGGGCCACCAAGGAGCUCAAUGCUGGGGACGUGGUCUUUUCUGAGGCCAGCUUUUCUGCUGUGGUGUUUGACAGUCUGGCGUCUCAGGUGUGCCACAGCUGUUUUCGCCGUCAGCCCAACCUGCACCGCUGUGGUCAGUGUAAGUUUGCUCACUACUGUGACCGCACCUGCCAGACAGCAUGCUGGAACGAACACAAGCAGGAGUGUGGCGCUAUCAGGAAGGUCGGCAAGGUCCCCAGUGAGAGUGUCCGUCUGGCCGCUCGGGUCCUGUGGCGGAUUCACAAAGACACAGGAAUUGUGACGGACACUCAGCUGGUCUCAGUGGACCAACUGGAGGACCACGUAGCCGACUUGGCAGAGGACGACCUGAAGAAGCUGCAGACUGAUGUCCACAGCUUCCAGGAGUACUGGUCCUACGGAAGAAAAAAGCACACCACUGACUACAUCUCACACAUCUUUGGCAUUAUCAAGUGUAAUGGAUUCACUCUGAGUGACCAGAGAGGCCUGCAGGCUGUCGGCGUGGGACUUUUUCCAAACUUGUGUCUGGUCAACCACGACUGCUGGCCCAACUGCACCGUCAUCCUCAACCAUGGCAACCAGUCGGCUAUGAACCCUGCUCUACAUUCUCAGAGAAGGAUCGAGCUGCGGGCUCUGGAGAAAGUCUCAGAAGGAGAGGAGCUGACCGUCAGCUACGUGGACUUCCUGAGUCUCUCUGCUGACCGCCAGAGGAAGCUGAAGGAGCAUUUCCACUUUGACUGCACCUGCCAGCACUGCAGCCAGCACCUGAAGGAUGACCAGAUGAUGGCAGCAGCCGGAGAAGGCAGCAAGGCACCAGCUGACAAGGUGAAGGAAGUGAUGGCCUUCACUGAAGAGAGUCUGGAGAAGAUUGAGAGAUUCCGUGGUGAUGGAGAAUAUCUUGAGGUGGUUAAGCUGAGUCGGGAGUGUCUGGAGAAGCAGGAGAAUGUCCUGGCCGACACCCACCUGCACAAGCUCCGAGUUCUCAGUGUGGCCAGUGAGGUGCUGUCUUACAUACGAUGCUUCACUGAAGCUGCCGAGUUCUCCCGGAAGAUGGUGGACGGAUACAAGAAGCUGUACCACCACAACAACGCGCAACUGGGCAUGGCCAUUAUGCGUGCUGGCGUCACACACUGGCACGCCGGCCAGAUCGAAGCAGGCCACCUACUGAUCUGUGAGGCUUACGCUAUCUUAAUGGUCACCCACGGACCCAACCACGCCAUCACCAGGGACCUGGAGGCUAUGCGCAUGCAGACAGAGCAGGAGCUGAAAAUGUUCAGGCAGGAUGAGGCUGCGUACCAGAAAAUGAGAGAGGCGGCGCUCAAGUGAAAACCCACCCAAAACUGAAGUAACACGCCUUGGUCUAGGGGACACUUUCAUUGUCCUGGGUUGAAGC